AACAGUGAAAAAGAAGAAAAUGCUUUAAGACCAAAAAACAGAAAAACCUGGGCCAUAAUAAUAAGGAGAAGAAAUAGUGAAAAACAAGAGAAAAGUGAGGAGAAGAGAAGAGAAGAAAAAGGGCCAAUAACUCCGCGCCAUUUUGAAUUUUGAGUUGUGCGUUUUUGGUGUUUCCUCCUUACAUACACACACACGUCUAUUUUAUAUAUUUAUUAUUAUUUUUUUUCUGUUAUCGUAAUGUUGUUGUCGGUUCCUCUUUACCUCCUCUCAAACUCCAAGAUGUGGGAGCUUCAAAGGCAACAUUUACCGUUGGAGCAUUAGUUGAAGUAGUAUAAACAACCAACAACAACAAUAGGAGUAAGGAGGAGGAGAGCAAAACGGUAUUAAGCAAAAGUUUUGCUCAAAAGACAACGCGUCAUUUGCAGCUGCAGCAGCUGUAAGGAAUAAGCGAACGGAAUAUUGAAAAACAACUGCAACAACAACAACAACGAAAGUUAUAAACUAUAUAAACGCAGCGACAAGAUGAGAAAUAUAGCGACAAAAACAUCAACAACUACAACAACGACGAGUAGAAGGAGUAUGCAGAGGAGCAGCAGCAGCAGCAGCCGCCGCAGUGCCCUGACAAUGCCGCCGUCAAGCUAUUGGAAAUUACUUUUGAUCGCCUUGACAACAUUGUGCUCCUUUAUACUGGCAGAUGAAUCAAUCGAUACACGUGAAAAUGCAGAUCUCACAUUAAAAUGUCGUUUCACUGAUAAAUACGAUUCUAACGAUUUCUCAUUCUUUUGGACACGCUGGACAGCAAAUCCGGCGCAAUUUGAUAAUGUGGGCAUUAAUGAGGUUCAAUUGAGUUCCGGCUAUAGACUCGACUUUCAACCUGAACGAGGUAUUUAUGAUCUGCAAAUCAAGAAUGUCUCCUACAAUCGAGACAACGGACGCUUCGAGUGUCGCAUCAAGGCGAAAGGCACUGGAGCCGAUGUCCAUCAGGAGUUUCAUAAUCUCACCGUACUAACCCCACCUCAUCCACCUGUGAUCUCACCUGGAAAGAUUGCCAUAGCUACUGAAGAUAAGCCCAUGGAGUUGACAUGCAGCAGCAUUGGAGGCUCACCGGAUCCCACCAUAACUUGGUAUCGCGAUGGUUCCAAUUCCCCCUUGCCGGCCACUGUUCUGCGUGGUGGCACCAAGGAUCAGCCCACUAAUGCCACUUUGGCGAUAACACCAAGACGGGAAGAUGAUGGCGCCAAAUAUAGGUGUGUGGUUAGAAAUCGGGCCAUGAACGAAGGCAAACGUCUGGAGGCUUUGGCCACGCUCAAUGUUAAUUACUAUCCGCGCGUCGAUGUUGGACCGGAGAAUCCACUGCGCGUAGAACGUGACCGCACUGCCAAAUUGGAGUGUAACGUGGAUGCCAAACCAAAAGUGCCGAAUGUGCGCUGGACACGCAAUGGCCGCUUCAUUAGCUCCUCCUUGGUCCAUACCAUCCAGCGAGUGAGUGUGCAGGAUGCGGGCAAAUAUACGUGCACCGCCGACAAUGGUCUGGGUAAAACAGGCGAACAGGAGCUCAUAUUGGACAUACUCUAUCCGCCGACAGUUGUCAUCGAACGCAAGACCCACGAAGCCGAAGAGGGCGACACUGUGAACAUACGUUGCAACGUCACUGCCAAUCCAUCGCCUGUGACCAUCGAAUGGCUAAAAGAGGGGGCUCCCGAUUUUCGUUACAACGGUGACGUUUUGACCCUUAAUUCGGUGCGCGCCGAACAUGCGGGCAACUAUAUUUGCCGUGCCGUCAACAUAAUGCAUAGUCAGGGUCAGGAGCGCAGCGAACGAGUGGGUAACUCCACAAUAGCUCUUCUGGUACGUCAUCGUCCUGGCCAGGCCUAUAUUACACCAAAUAAGCCAGUAGUUCAUGUGGGCAAUGGGGUGACUCUAACCUGCUCGGCUAAUCCGCCAGGCUGGCCAGUGCCACAGUACAGAUGGUUCCGCGACAUGGAAGGCGAAUUCUCGAGCACCCAAAAGAUUCUAGCCCAGGGCCCUCAAUACUCCAUACCCAAGGCUCAUCUGGGCAAUGAGGGUAAAUAUCAUUGUCAUGCCGUUAAUGAACUGGGCAUUGGUAAAAUGGCCACCAUAGUGCUGGAGAUACAUCAACCGCCUCAAUUCCUGGCCAAGUUGCAGCAGCAUAUGACCCGGCGAGUGGCCGACACCGACUACGCGGUGACCUGCAGUGCCAAGGGUAAACCAGAGCCAAGCAUUAAAUGGUUAAAGGAUGGCGUAGAAAUUCUACCCGAACUUAAUUUGUAUGAGGUAAAAACAAAUCCUGAACAGGGUCCCAAUGGCAUGGUAACAGUACAGAGUAUGCUAAAGUUCCGUGGCAAGGCCAGACCCAAUGGCAAUGCCCUGGUGCCAGGUGAUCGUGGUUUGUAUACCUGUCUAUAUCAGAAUGAAGUUAAUUCGGCCAACUCAUCGAUGCAGCUGCGCAUUGAACACGAACCCAUUGUCCUGCACCAAUAUAACAAAGUGGCCUUUGAUAUACGUGAAACUGCCGAGGUUGUUUGCAAAGUUCAGGCAUAUCCCAAACCGGAAUUCCAAUGGCAAUUCGGUAAUAAUCCAUCACCACUAACCAUGUCCUCGGAUGGUCAUUAUGAGAUCAGUACCACAACCGAUAACAAUGACAUUUACACUUCGGUUCUGCGCAUCAAUUCGUUGACUCAUUCCGAUUACGGUGAAUACACGUGUCGAGUGGUCAACUCCUUGGACACCAUUCGAGCUCCCAUACGACUGCAACAAAAGGGUCCGCCCGAGAAGCCAACGAAUUUAAGAACUGUAGAUGUGGGGCACAAUUAUGUGUCACUCAGUUGGGAUCCUGGUUUCGAUGGUGGUUUGAGUAAGACCAAAUUUUUUGUCAGCUAUCGUCGUGUGGCAAUGCCUAGGGAGGAACAAUUGAUACCAGAUUGUGCCACUUUUGCCAAUUCCAAUUCGGAUUGGGUUGAGGUGGACUGUCAGCGGGAUAUCCCAUGUAAGGUCACAUCGCUGGAGCAGCACCAGAGCUAUGCCUUCAAAGUAAAGGCUCUCAACCCCAAGAAUGGUUCACCCUAUUCCAAUGAGAUAAUGGUCACUACGAAAGUUAGUCGUAUUCCACCACCUUUGCAAGUCACUUAUGAGCCAAGUACUCGUACCCUGGGAAUUGAUGUGGGAGCCACUUGCCUGUCAUUGGUAGCUCUGGUGGAGACCAGACUAUAUGGCGAUAGUCCUCAAGCUGCCUGGGAAGUGGUCGAUACUUUGGAAAAUCUUGAACUAUCCGGCAAUGGACCCACACACAAAGAGAAGGUCAUUGAUCGCUUGAAUGCUCCACGUCGUAGCGGUGGAGGUCGUGCCUUGGGUCAUACCAUUAGCGAGGAUGAAAAUGAUGCCGGAUUGAAUACAAUGGCUCUGGAAGAUGACAACAGUCCGACUGUGCGUGUGAAACUCUGUCUGAGUAAUAAUCAUCAGCAUUGUGGCGAGUAUACGGAUGCGGAAAUCGGACGUCCAUAUAUAGCUGAGGCUAGUGCACUGGCCACGCCCACAUUGAUUGCUAUAAUCGUCUCAUGCAUUGUAUUUGCCCUGUUUGCUGGACUUCUGCUCAUGUUCUGUCGCUGUAAACGCAAUCAGUCCAAGAAAAGCGCCGCCGCCAAAGACUAUGAAAUGGAUUCAGUGCGUCCAUCGAUUGUUGCUGCCCAACAAAAUCAAGCCCCACCGCCAUAUUAUCCUGCCAGUGGUUUGGAUAACAAGGCCCUGGAGCAUUCAAUGGAUCUGGCCCUGAGCAUGGAGGAGCAAAAGACUGCUCUGUAUGCCACACAGAAUGGUUAUAGCUAUCAUCCCGGUAGCGGUGUGGUUGGUGUCGGAGUGGGUGGCAGUGUGGUCGGUGGCAUGGUUGGAGUCGGUGGCAGUGUUGUUGGCGGCGGCAUGGGUGUUGGAGGCAACGGUGUGAACGGAAUACCCGGUUUGACAGCCCACACAUUGCCAGGAAAUGAAUGGGUCAACAUGGGCUACAUGGAGAACAACUAUUCGAACUCGAACAAUGGCGGCAGUGUCAACUCACAGGACUCGUUGUGGCAGGUGAAAAUGUCGGCCGCCGCUGGAGGAGUUGGCGGAGGCAGUGGUCUUGUUGGUGGUGGCAUCAAUGGCGGUGGCAGCGUUGUCGGUGGUGUCAGCGGUGUUGGUACACAACAGAGCCUGGUGGUUGGUCAGGCGCCAAUGAAUCAAUAUGUGGAACAUCAGGCCAACUAUGGUUAUGAUCCAUUAACGCAUGGCGGUUAUGGUGCCGUCGAUGAUUAUGCCCCAUAUCCACAUUUGACAGCCACACCCAGCCAAGUGGGCGAUGAAUAUCACAAUUUGCGCAAUAGUCAAAAUCCGUCCCGACAGGAUUACUGCAGUGAUCCUUAUGCAUCGGUACAGAAGCCCAAGAAGCGGGUUGAUCAGCAUUUAGAUUCACCAUAUCACGACGUAAGCGGCCUGCCUAAUCCUUAUAAUAUGGAUCACAUGGAACAGGAAGAGGUGUUGCCCCAACAGCAUAUGUCCCUCAGCUAUGACGACAGUUUCGAGGGUGAAUAUUCCACAACGCCGAAUGCCAGAAAUCGUCGCGUUAUACGCGAGAUAAUUGUUUAGAAUCAAAAUCAUCAGCAUCAUCAUCAUAAUAAUUAUCAUCAGUAAUCAAUAUACAACUUCAUGAUCAUCCGGCAUAAACGACGGAGUAAAACAGGCAUCAGUUAGCAAGAAAAUCUACAGCACUUAAUUAUCUUAAUAUAUCUUUCCCUCAAAUGUGAGCACUCUUAUCAUCCAUGUCAUCCAUAUAUAUAUAGGUAUAUAUAUAUAUAUAUAAAUGUAUAUCAUCCAUACCCAAGUCUAAUCUCAUUCAACGAAAAUGGAAUCAAAACUGAAAUCUCAAAACGAAAGAACAUUUAUUUUCAACUUGAUUGAAAUGUGGCCAUUUUUUUGAUAAUUAUUUUUAUUUUUAUCUCUUUGUUUUAUAUAAGUAACGAAAUAUAAGAUUUUUUUAUAAUGUUAGUUGAUGGGGUAGAUAGAUACAUACAUAUAAACAUAUGUAUAUCUAUCUACGAGAUACGAACGUGUGUUGAGUUUUAUUGAGAGUAGCAACGAAUGGUAUAUAGAAUUCUAUGUGUAUGUUUGAUAUAAGGCUAAUCAGAGUUCCAAUUUCAUCAUUUUGCUCUAGUUAAGGCCGUGGCAGCACUUUGUUGAACCACACACCCACACACACACACACCCAAACACAUCACCCACUCACCCACAUAAAUACAUUCAAGCACUAAAUGUUACGAUCUUCUAUAUAUUAAGGGCAGUAGUUAAUAAUGGUCCCAGUUGCAAAUCAAACUUUAAGCUAUCUCUUAAAGAAAACAGUAAACAAAAGAAAACAAAAAAAAAAUUAUAAAUAAAAUCUCAACCGUUCAUUUUAGAGAUAUAAGCAAAAAAAACGUAGUCUAUAAGUUAAAAAUCGGGGUCACCACAAGUCCCCAAAAUAUAUGCAACAAAAAUAAAAAUAAAAAAAAAACAGUAAGACCUGCCACAAAAAAAAAAUAUAUAAAAACCAGAAAAAAUUACCUUAAUUUUAAAACAAUUUUAUAAUAAAUAUAAAAAAAAACACAAAAAAAAUUAACGUUGCUUUAAGUAUGUUAUGUAUACAAGCAACAACAAACGAAAAGUACGAAAAAAUUAUUACAAAUAAUUUAAAACUACAGUACGAAUACGAAAACAGAAAACUUUAAUGAACAAAAAACUUUAAAUUGAAAACUUUAAUUUAGUUUUAAAAAUUAUACUUGUUGUUUUUUUUCUUAUUUUGUGUGAGAGCUUUCUGUUGAAAUUUGAAAUUUUUAAAACAACAAAUCAUUAAGUUUUAGUUUAAAAAUCGAUGUGUUUUCCCUCUGUGUUUAUUGUAUUUAAGUUUGUUCUUUUGACAAAGGAAUAAUCGGCUCCGAUUUUGCUACUUUUUUUCGUAUUAGGUACUAAGAAUUUAAUUGUAAAUACAUGUGUAAUUUGUAUAUAUUUACUUCAAUAUGCAAAGUAAAUAAGCAGCGGCACUUAACAUUUAAAUAAACAAAAAAUUGUAGUUAA